AUGAUGUCGAAGCAUGGCUUUGAUUCGUCUGCGAUUGAAGCGCUUGCAGUUGUUGCACGAGCAAGCGGUUUUGCUCUAAAAGCAAUUGCGUCAUGGAAGCUGAAACACCAGGGUCCUGUGGAAUUGGAGCGUGCUGACGUAAACGACCUGCCGCAGUGUAUUGCGAUCUUUCCCUUUCGGAUGACUGAAAUGUACUUUCCCAUUGAGCUGAACGACCACGUGAUUCUGAGAAGGCGCGACUUGUCCCGGAGUGCGGAGGGCGAGGUGACGAGCAGGGAAGGCGAGGGAUCCAGGCAGCCCAUGGCAGCACCGCGCAGUCUCAUGUUCUGGCACAUGUUGGCUUCUUGGGAGGCAAGAAGAGCAAAGCACUACAACGAAUUUGCAGCAGUCAAGGCUCUCCGGAAGAAGGAGUCCCGCAAUGGUGUGGUUUAUCUGAUGUUGCACACAGCAGCUAUGGCGAGGCGGGGCCUCUUGUUGUCGACACAAGACAUCCUGAAGCAGGGGGAGCAGACGGAGGCCGACAGCGAUAGCAGCGUGGAUUCGGACACCUCAGACGAGGCGAAAGCAGCCAAGGCCCAGGCAGUGUGCCAGCAAAUGAGCUGCAAGGAAGCAGCUGCCAAGAAGGCGAAAGCUACGAAUGCUGAGGAUGGUCAGAAAGGCAGGUCAGAUGGCAUCACUUCCGGUGCAGGCAAGCGUGAAGGCGACUCAGAGGAGACUUCGUCCGGCUUGCCUGGGGAGGAAUGCGAGGCAUCUUUCGUGCCGGGCAACCCAGCAAAGCGCUUCCAAAUCCGAUGGAAGUCCUGGCCUCAGCAGCUGGCCUGCUGGCUUUGCCCGGUGUUUGAUUGUCAGGGUGGUCGCCCACCGGUGCAAUUCGGAGAGGACGCGCCAGCCGGCACUUCGUUGCCAUCUUCCGAAUUCCUGGCGCAGAGGCGAGCUCACUAUGACGAGGGAGCAGCUCUCCGCAGCAAGCACUCGGAGGACGGAGCCAGUCCUGGAGGCUUGAGCGACAUGGACAAGUCAGCGGCAGCAAACCCCAUGGAUCCUACAGAGCCGCAAGAAGCCGCAGUGAGCUUCAAGGUGGAGACUGUCUCGGGUGAUCACCAAGGCAGCGGCACAGAUGCAUGGAGGUCGAAGCGCAAUGCACACUACCGCGACAUGGCAGCAGCUUUUCGCUCGAAGCCUCCCGUCUCUGACGGUGACAGCGAGGAUAGUUCGUGA